UUUGAGCUAAACUAUAGUUUGACAAAAAUUCCCCACUUACCCCUAACGCGUGGCAUAACACAAACCAUGCAACAGAUAAUACUGUACAAUCUAGUGCAACUCAAAUCACAAAAGUCUUGAGAUUAUCGACCAGCCCAAACAAGAAUCUACACACACAUGCACUACCUCCAUCAGAGUCUUCCCGUAAAAUGUACUCCUACAUUUCCGAACAAUAAAUCCACCAGCUACUGAUCGUUAACGUCUCACCCAAAAAAACUAAACCCUCUUGCCCUUUUCACUCUUCUUGUACAAAAUGAUCCUCCUUUUCCAUGUUCCAAACCCAACUGCCAAAAACCGUUUCUUGAACCAAAUUUCACCGAACCCAGAAAUGGUGGAGUCAUUGCCUAUUGGGCGAUUUCAGUUACAACAACAAAGGUCAGAACUUAAGAGAUGGGUUCCGGCAUUCCUUUCUUCUCAUAAAACUCUCUUUACUGUCCUCUGGAUCGUGGCUUUCGGUUCUGUCUUUUUUUGGCAACAAAAUAUUGAUGGGGCUGGGUUCUCGGUGUUCGGUAAAGAUGGACCGGGUCGGCCUAUGCCCAAGACGCGUCCUUUUGCGUUUAAUCUGACUGAUUUUGGUGGGGUCGGGGAUGGGGUUACGGAUGAUACGGCCGCGUUUGAGAGGGCUGUCUCGGCGAUCUCGAAGCUUGGGAAGAGAGGUGGUGCGCAGCUCAAUGUGCCGCCUGGGAAGUGGCUUACGGCACCGUUUAAUCUUACUAGUCAUAUUACUUUGUUUCUAGCUGAGGAUGCUGAGAUUCUUGGUAUCGAGGAUGAGAAGCGAUGGCCAUUAAUGCCUCCAUUGCCUUCAUAUGGGUAUGGAAGAGAGCAUCGUGGACCUCGGUAUGGGAGUUUAAUCCACGGCCAAAACCUCAAAGAUGUUGUCAUAACUGGACAUAAUGGUACCAUAAAUGGACAGGGUCAAUCAUGGUGGAAGAAGUAUCGCCAAAAGCUACUCAACCACACCAGGGGUCCACUUUUGCAGAUGAUGUGGUCAAGUGACAUUGUAAUCUCUAAUAUAACCUUACGUGACUCUCCGUUUUGGACUUUUCAUCCAUAUGACUGCAAGAAUGUAACAGUCAGGAAUGUUACCAUUCUGGCUCCCGUAUUUGAAGCCCCAAAUACUGAUGGAAUUGAUCCUGAUUCAUGUGAGGAUGUGGUAAUAGAGGAUUGCUACAUAAGUGUUGGGGAUGAUGCAAUUGCAAUAAAGAGUGGCUGGGAUCAAUAUGGCAUAGCUUAUGGACGACCUUCAAGAAACAUUCUUAUCCGAAACCUCAUUGUCCGCUCUAUGGUCAGUGCCGGCAUAUCGAUAGGCAGUGAGAUGUCUGGUGGGGUAUCUAAUGUAACUGUGGAGAACCUCCUUGUCUGGAGUUCUAGGCGUGCAGUUCGAAUCAAGACUGCUCCUGGAAGAGGUGGAUAUGUUAGACAUAUAAUCUAUCGAAAUCUAACAUUUGAUAAUGUCCGAGUUGGAACUGUUAUCAAGACAGACUACAAUCAGCACCCUGAUGAUGAUUUCGACCCAAAGGCCCUCCCAAUACUAGAGGACAUAAGCUUCAUUGGGAUACAUGGUCAAGGAGUCCGUGUUCCUGUUCGUAUACAUGGUAGUGAAGAAAUUCCUGUCAGAAACGUGACAUUUAGGGAUGUGUCUGUUGGGAUAACAUAUAAGAAGAAGCAUAUAUUCCAGUGUGCCUUUGUUCAAGGCCGUGUAAUAGGGACCAUCUUCCCUGCUCCUUGUGAAAACCUUGAUAGAUAUGAUGAAGAAGAAAGACUUGUGAAGCGGUCCGCAUCCCAGAAUGUAACAGAUAUAGAUUAUGACAUAUAAGAUGAUGGCGGGUCACAGUAAGCCAGCCAUUCUUUCUGGGAUCGAAGCUCAAAGACUUAAAAGUUAAGAACUGUAUGUCUUUCUAUAGGAGUUAAUUUUGCCCAACAAGGUUGGAGCAGAGGAGCAUGUUUAUUUCCUUUCAUGCCCUUUUUGGUUCCACUUCUAUAACUUGUUUGAUUCACGGAGUUGUGUACAGAAAAUUUAAAGUAGUUUAUACAUUUUCACGAACUUACUAGUAUGCUUUUUGCUUAACAUUUUUGCAAUAAGAAGGCGGUCCAAUCGGAAAUUCAGAGCAAGUUGAAUGAUAAUUUGUUGGACCACUUGCUUUAUGGUUCUGGCAGGCUAGUAGUUUCCAUUGAAUGGUAGUACAAUCUUUUAAUAGUAUUAAUUCUAUUUGCAAAUCCCCUAGUUUGGUAGACCAAACAUUAUCCAACAAUUUGAUCAUAAUUCUUUAGUAAAAAAAGGUUUAGUGCAAAGAUGAGAUUUUUACAUUUAAGUAUCAAAAUAGAUUGUAAAUCUUAGAAAAAAUUUAUAAAUUACUUGUCACAAAAAACUAUUGACGGUAAGAGUCGAAUUUAAAUCUUACAAGCAAAUUGUACUAACUCAAUCAACCAAUCCCAUCGACAAGAAUUUAAUCAUCUUUGCAUGUACUUAGUAGAUCCGCAAAGACAAUCAAAUUUAUUUUGGUUUGGUCAUUCUCUUCAACUCCGUUAUACAAACUUUAAAAUAUACUAAUUAAACUUCCACGAAACGUUUUGGUAAGGGGUCAU